AUGGGUUCAGUCCAACGCUUUGUAUUGGGUGAAGGUAGCAAUAAGUGGGAUGUUAUGUAUACGGUGCAGAAUGAUCAGUGUGACAAUUAUGGACACUCUGGUGCUAAUGGUAUUUGCAGAAUUGACAACAGGCCAAUUUGUGACUGCCUGGAUGGGUUUGUUCCAAAAUCAGAGAGUGAAUGGGAAUUCUUUAAUUGGACCAGUGGCUGCAUUAGGACACCAUUGGAUUGCCAAAAGGGGCAAGGGUUUAUCAAACUUAGAGGUGUGAAGUUGUCUGAUCUGUUGAAGUUUUGGGAAAACACGAGUAUGACUGGUAAAGAAUGUGAAGUGGAGUGCUUGAAGAGCUACUCUUGUAUGGCUUAUACUAACUCAAAUGUUAGUAGAGGCAGUGGAUUUUUGAUCUGGUUUGGAGAUCUGAUUGAUAUUCGAGAGUUCGUUCAAGAUAUUGAGCAACUCGUCUAUAUCCGGAUACCAGCUUCAGAACUAGAACUGAUGGGUGAUUCCAGUAAAAAGAAGUAUCACUUUGUAAUUUUGGUGGUUGCACUAAUGGCUUUUAGAGUUCUUGUCUUUGGUUUGACAAUCUGGAUAAUAGUUUGGAAGAAGAGGAGAGGGAAAAGAGGUCAGCAAGAGCAAAAAGAAGACCAGGAAUUACCAUUGUUUGAUCUGGUUACUGUUGCAAGUGCCACUAAUAACUUUUCUGAUAGAAAUAUGAUUGGGAAGGGUGGUUUUGGCUUUGUUUACAAGGGUAUAUUGUCAAUGGGACAAGAAAUAGCAGUGAAAAGGCUUUUGACUGAUUCUAGACAAGGGCUUCAAGAGUUCAAGAAUGAAGUUAUUUUGAUUGCCGAACUUCAGCACUGCAAUCUUCUUGACAUUGUUAUGGGAGUUUCAAGAGGACUUCUUUACCUCCACCAAGACUUCAGAUUGUGGGUCAUUCAUAGAGACCUCAAAACCUGCAAUAUAUUACUUGACGGUGAGCUGAGCCCCAAAAUUUCAGUUUUCAGCCUCACAAGAAUUUUUGGAGGACAUCAAACUGAAGCAAAAACAAAUGGAUAUAUGUCUCCAGAGUAUGGAAUUGAUGGCAAAUUUUCAGCGAAAUCAGAUGUCUUCGGUUUUGGUGUGCUUCUGUUGGAGAUAGUAAGUGGCAAAAAGAACAGGGGAUUUAGUCAUCCACAUCACCACCACAAUCUUUUGGGACAUGCAUGGAUGCUUUGGAAUGAAGACAAGGCCUUGGAACUGAUGGAUGCAUGUCUCAGGGAUUCAUGUGUUGAGUCUCAAGUCCCAAGAUGUAUUCAAGUGGACUUAUUUUGUGUUCAAAAACUCCCAGCCAACAGGCCAACCAUAUCAUCGGUAAUUUUCACGUUGGGUCAUGAGGAAGCAGUGUUGCCUCAACCUAAACAGCCCGGUUUCUUCAGAGAAAGAAGUUCCGUUGAUGAUGAAGAUGCCAUACAGAAAAUGAAAUUACUGUAACAAUGCUUGAGGCUAGAUAAAUGAUGUGUCAUGUUUGAAUCAGGCAGGGCUGAAGGACAAUAGAUGCAGGUUUGUGGAAUUGAAAAGGUUCUAAUACGUUUAUACGCAUGUUCCUUUUUGUGGGGCACCUGGGCCUGAAC